UUCUAAAAUCAUUGGUAAUCGACUAUUCUCUCGCUCGCUAAUUCAAAUUUUCAGGAUAGCGUUUCAGUUCGGCAUCUCAGAGGGCUCAAGAUCCGUUUGGAUUACUAAGAAUGAACUUGAAGAUCAAUAAAGCCUGCGAUCUCAACUCCAUCUCCGUUCUCCCCCCUCACGCGAGGAAAUCAAACACGGUAACAAGUGGACCACAAGCAUCAUAUCUUAGAUCGCAGCCAUCACAGCAAUCCAUUUCGCAGGGAUUUUCAUCUCAACCUGCCUUCUUUUCUCAGAUCUCACAGAACUCACUUGACGAAUAUACUGGCUCUCGUGAUACUCUUGAGAGAAAGCCACAACCCCUUAAGAACCCUGCCAUGCCUUCUAAGGCUUGUGUUCAAUCAGCUCUACCUCAAAAGACAGAAAUCAGAGGUUGGAACUCAGUAAAAGCAGAACAAUCUACCUUUAUUGGAAGGCCAUCCUUUAUUCCCAAAAAGUAUAUUGGCUCCUGUGAUGUUCCAGAGAGAAAGCUACAGCCCCUUAAGAACCCAGCCAUGCCUUCUAAGGCUUGUGUGCUAUCAGCUCUACCUCCAAAAAUGGAAAUCAGAGGUUGGAAAUCAGAAAACGUGGAACAAUCUAUGUUUAUUGGAAGGUCAACAUUUAAGAAGAACAAAGGGAAAGGAAUUUCUUUUUCUUGUGCUCGGCAGGUGAUUAUUGGCAUGAUAUUAGGAGUUGGACUACCUGAAAUUCUUUAAACCUACAUGACUCAAUUUAAUUUUAUACUUAUCUGCUGCACGAAAUUAUGAAAUGUUCGUUAUUCAUUCAUUUGGAUAAAUUAAUGCAGGAAGGAGAAUGUAGAGUUAUAAUUGAAUCAGAUGAAGAAACUGAUGAAGGAUUUUCCUGCUUUUUUGGAGAAAAGGAAAGAGGUACUUGCCAAAAUAAAAAUAUUUUAGGAAU